AUGAAUCAUUUGCUCAUUACUACGAUAUUUGGGACGUCUGCUGUUAUAAUAUUGACUUCGCUUAUCUGGGUCGCCAUUCUUGCGCGUGAUAUCAGCAACAUGCGUGAGAAUAUUAUGCACGACAUCAAAGAAUUUAAGGAUAUCGCAAAUGCGGCUUGGGCAACCAUUAUCGAUGAUAUUGGAUCAGAAGAGCACAAAGAUCUACGAGUAAAACGUCGCCUCGGACAUGUCCAGUACAUUAUAGAAACGAUAUGCCCGCGUGGGCCACCGGGACCGUCAGGUAAACCUGGAUUACCUGGACCGCCAGGUCAGCAUGGUAGUCCAGGAGCAGCCGGGCUACAUGGUUUAGGUGCAGUGAAGCAUAUCUCCAACCCCUGUACUCAGUGCCCAGAAGGGCCUCCUGGACUUCCUGGAGAAGAUGGUGCGAUGGGAAGUCCGGGACCUGAUGGAUGGCCAGGUUCAAGAGGAGAGCCCGGACUCAGUGGAACUCCUGGAUUGCCGGGGCCUGAAGGAGAACCUGGUGAAGUAGGCAGAGCCGGAGAACAAGGAUGGCCUGGAAUCCCCGGACGAAAUGCAGUUCAGGGAAGCCGCAUUCAUGGGCCACCAGGUCCUGAAGGAGAGGUUGGAGAGCCAGGAAAAGUUGGAGCUCACGGAGAGCAUGGUGCUCCUGGUCGACCAGGAAAACCUGGAAUACCAGGAAAAAUGGGUAAAAAGGGUGCUCCAGGCAUUGAUGGAAGUCCUGGAGUAGCUGGAGAUCCAGGAGCGCCAGGUGGCGAUGGUUAUUAUUGCAAAUGCCCAAUUAGAUCACAGAAUUUAAGUCAUGUCAAAUUGUAA